AAUAUAAACUAAAUAAAACUGAGAUAAACUGUUAACUAUAAGAUUCCUGAAGUACUUGGUGGUGAUUUAGCGACGUCCCAAAAUGAAAAUGAAACCUUUAUCGAGAAGAGAAUACCGCGCCGGUACCUGUAGUUCAAGUCCACGAGUGUGAGGCAAGCUAGCAUCGUGCAGCAGCCAUUUCAUUGCCAUCUCCCUUUUCUAGAGAACACCUUGUUCGCUUUUGCCUCAGUCUCCCGUACGAUCUAUACAAAACUCCUGGUUACUUUCUGCAUUCGUUAAAACGAAAACGCAUCAAAAUACAGAAAAAGAAGUUUUCAAUGGAAAGGAAACCUUACUGCGUGGAAGGGUUAAAAAAAAAUCUAAAUCCUGUAAAAUAAGAGCAGCGUCCACUUGUGUUGAAGAUUCUCAAUGAGCAAGUUUUGUAACAAUUGGACAAGCGAUUCUCUCGAUUACAUGCUAAAAUCCCACAGCGGAUGAAAGUGAAACUGGAUGGCUGUAUGACUUUAAACACCCAGUAAACACUCUUUAGACACAAUCAAAAUGAACAGCAGCAGCAGCAGCAGCUACUCCCUCCCCACGAUGGUGCCCAACAGCUCGUUGCUGGACAGCAUGUCAGUCUCUCACAGCGCAGGGGGGAGCAGCAGCGGGGGUGACGGGAAGGCGCUGCUGAUCAGCAAGCCCUUCAAGUGCUCUGAGUGCGGCCGCUCCUUCACCCAGCUGACCGGGCUGGAGCUGCACGAGAUGUCACACGCGGCGGAGCGGCCAUACCCUUGCGAGCUGUGCGGCAAGACCUUUGCCCAGACCUCGGCGCUCACCAAGCACCAGCGCGUGCACACCGGCGAGAAGCCCUACCGCUGCCCCGUGUGUGGCAAGUGCUUCGCCCUGUCCUCAGGGCUGGUGCUGCACAAAAGGAUCCACACAGGUGAGCGGCCCCACACCUGCCCCGUCUGCAGCAAGACCUUCAUCUCCUCCUCCCACCUGGCCCUGCACCUGCGCUCCCACACCGGCGAGCGCAAGUACAAGUGCAGCGUGUGCGGCAAGCUCUUCCUGCAGUCCUCCCACCUGGUGCGGCACCGGGCCAUCCACACAGGGGAGAAGCCUUUCCGGUGCCCGGAGUGCGGGAAGAGCUUUGGCCGGGCGUCCCACCUCAAGACGCACCGGCGCCUGCACACGGGUGAGAAGCCCUUCCGGUGCACGCAGUGCGACAAGGCCUUCACGCAGAAGGCGGGUCUCAUCAUGCACCAGCGCCUGCACACGGGCGAGAGGCCCUUCAAGUGCGACAGGUGUGGCAAGACCUUCCGCUCAUCCGGCCACCUGCUUUCCCACCAGGUCCUGGAGUCCAGCGAGCGCAACUUCAAGUGCGCCCAGUGCGAGAAGGCCUUCAAGUCGGCCUCCUCCCUCAAGCAGCACCUGAAGACCCACGAGAGCCGUGAGCCGUUCCGCUGCGGGGUGUGCCAGCGCUCCUUCGCGCGCUCCUCCUACCUGCAGCUCCACAUGCGCACCCACAGUGGCGAGCGGCCCUACCACUGCAUGGUCUGCAACAAGACUUACGCCAAGAUGGCCACCUUCGAGCGCCACUGCAAGAGGCAUCAGCAGCAGGACCAGGAAGAGGAUGAGGAUGAGGAGGAGGAGGAGGAGGAGGAGGAUGUGAAGCCACCACCACUGCCCUCACCACCCCAGUCUGUCAAGACCAGGGCCAAGACCAGGGCCAGGGCCAAGGGGAAAGGCAAGAAGGGCAAGUGAACACGGCUACAUACCCUGACGGCAGCAGGGGCAAUAUCCUUAAUACAAAAUCAUUGUAUACCUGAUAGAGAACACCAGACUCAUCUUUAUUAGAGUUGGGGCCACCACAAGAGAGGAAUCACAGCAGGAAUGGAGUAGUUUCUCAGAUAACGGCAGCUGCUAUAGCACAGCUGCAGUGGUAUCCAGGGGGACAGAAAGUGUUCAGGUGCACAUAACCUUGCAGAGAUUGAAAUGAAACCGAUCUCCCAUUCCUUAGCACUUUGAAUUUUACAUUCCAUACAUGACUGAUCUGAGCUUACAGAUGAUCUAAAAAGACUCCUUUAAAAAUACGUAUGUAUGUGAUUCAUUUCAGAAUUUUCCCUAGUUUUCAAAGGUUUCAGCACCUUACAGAUAGACAACCCUAGGAUAACUAACAUGUUUUAGUUUCAUGUACUGCAAAAUAAGUUGUAUUUCCUAUACUACAGUAAUGGUCUGCAGUUUCCUAGACCUCUAUAGGUCUGCAGUGUUGAAAGCUGCACUAGGAAGGUUCGUCGUACCCCCCCCCCCCCCCCCCCCCAAAAUGUCUAUCUCUCCCAACCCAGAUUUUACAUGCCCCAACAUUGUAGUGUAAUACAGAUAAGGGCUAUUGAGAACAUGAAUGUUUUUAAGGUUAAUUUGUUUUAAAUAUAGCUUAGAGCUAGACAAUCUAUUUGCAAAAUAUUUAUCAAAAUUAAUUAACUACACACAGCUCCAAUGUCUGUGAAGUGAGAAGGGCUGUGAAGAGACUGAUCUUUCCACAGCUUGGAACCAAUUCCUAUCUUGGAAGUUGGUGAUCAGUCCUCACAAUAAUGGAAGAUGCAGUAAAUAAAUGGUGGUGUUAUUCUAUAUAUCCAUGAAAUGAUCAGAGUUAGUAAAGUGACCUUUUUGUGUGAUGUGCCUGGUAGUGCAUCUAGUUUUUUUGUUAUUUUAUUGUAUGUUUCCUACAUUCAGUCUGUUUUAAUUUCUUGCAACUUUAAAAAAAAAAAAAACUAAAUAACCCAGUUGUGCUGCUAGUUUGUGCAGAACUGCUCUUAAAUCAGGUAUGAUAAUAGACCUGAAGAUGCUGACACAGACACGCAGGCACACACACACACACAAGAAAAAACAAGUGUCAGACUUUUAAAAUAUUGUAGGACCAGGAUGCACUCUCGCUCGCUCGCUCUCUCUCUCUCUCUCUCUCUCUCUCUCUCUCUCUCUCUCUCUCUCUCUCUCUCUCUCUCUCUAUAAAACAAAAAAUAGGUUAUGUUACCACUUCAUAUUGGAACUCUUCAAAACUAAUAACGUAAAAUUGAUUGCUUAAUGCAAUUAAUCAUCUUAAAUGACUAAAUGGUAUUAAAAGGCUUUUGCUGUGAAUGUACUUGAACAACAACAACAAAGUAUGAGUAAUACACACCGUUUUUUUUAAGUUUAUACAAUUAUUGCUGCACCAGAAACCAACGAUGGAGUCUCAAAAAAAAAAACUGCCUUGUAUAACCCUAGGGAAGUCUGAUCCUGCUGCAGAAUCAGAAGCCAAUAACCAACUCGCAAUUGUGGGAUCAAUCUAUCUAUCUAUCUAUCUAUCUAUCUAUCUUAUUGUAAAAUUAGCUGUAUGAAAUGGGUUAGAUUUUCUAACAACAGUGCUGAGAACUUCCAUAAAACAGCAAGCAACUGUCUGGAAAUAAUCCUGUUAGGGGUGGAUCAAUGUUCUGAUUGUAUACCUUGUACUGUGUAUUUAUGAAUAUUGUUACCUCAUAUGUGAGAAAUUCAUUUUUUCUGUGUAAAAAACAAUGGGCUAAAUUCUCAAAGCAUUUUACUCCAAUUCAUCAUUAGGACAUUUUUUUUUUCAGAAGGGAGAAACGCGCCCAAUAAAGUAACCAAACCAGAAAUAUACUUGUAAUACUUGAGUAUUAAGUUGUUUCUUACUUGUUUAAGAUGUUUAAUUGGCGUGUUUCCAUUUUAAAAAAGUGCACUGAUAAUGAUUUGGAGUAAAUACUGUAGCUUUGAGAAUCUAACCAAAUGUGACUAGUUUGCAAAGAAGAGUCACCAAAUCAACCAAUCACAACACUUAUCUCAACAUGAAACUCAAACUGAAAAAGUGGGAAACAGAUACACACUGGAGGUUGGUUUCUGUGAUCACCUGUUACCAGAACAACAAGGAUAACCCUCAUGUGUACUCUUAAAUAUUACCAUGCUGAGUUUAUGACUUAAAUUUGAAAAGCAAUCUGUAGUUUAAACUGUUAAUGCUCAAAUCUACUGUAUGGUAAACCUGGGACGUAAUUAAUGAAUGGUUUUCAGCACUGUUCUGAAUUAUAAGGGAGGAUGCUGAGAGAGUAAAAUGACUUAAACAGGUCAUAAGCAUUUACCUCAAUCAUGUAAAAAUCAAAUUCAGCUAUAUGGAAAUAGUUCGUUUCCUCUCCAUUCUGUGAACACUAAUACAUAAGGGGAACCUCCAGAGACGACUGAUAAAACAUGGAUAAUGACUCCAUGGAGAAACUUUGCUAACUUGUAAAGGAUUGUAAAUGGCAUUUCACCACCAGAGUCCUUGAGAAACAGUACCCAGGGUAGGAGAGUGCAUGCUGGGGAAGAUCUGGGGAGCUUGUGUACCCACGUGGUGAAAAUGUGUCAUUGAAAUGCCCACUUUGAUGAUUGUUGUUUUCUUUGUAUUAUUUUAAGGGGUUUUCAACAACAACAACAACAACAAAAACUGCCAAGUCUCCCACAUUGUUUUUUUGUUUUUUUUAUCCAUUGCUACAUUGUAAAAUGAUAAGCCAUUGAUCGAUCACCUUGUUAGACGAUAUCAAUGCUUGACACAACCUAAAUGUCAUCUCACUGACCACAGUGUGACUGGAGGUAUCACUGGAACAUUGAGGGCUUCACAAUAAAUGUUAAUCUAUGGGGUCGUUAUCGAAUAACAAUAUAUAAGAAAUAAUCAUUUUUUACAGUCUCGGUCAGUGAAAACUAUACCCCUUUUGCGCAAUUAAAAAUUGAAACUUUACAUUCUAUUCAAAUAACGUUCAAAUAUCAAUAUCAUAUAUUGGUCAAUAAAAGAAUCGCUACCCUGGAGAAAAACAGAUCUCAGAUGGAACCAGUAGCACUUGUCAGUUUCAGAAACAAACACAUGUAUAAUAAAUGCUAUGAUAAUAAAGGA